AACACAAUUAUCUAACAGUAACAAAUGCUGUAUACGACAAUUAUGUCUCGAAUUCCAUGCUGUAAGUAGAGAAAGAGAAGAUAUCUUAUUUUUGUACAAAAAAUUGAUGUUGAUAUAACACCUAUUUUAGAAAUAUCUUAGUAAAUGACAUAUACGGAUGUGGUGUGAAUUAUUUGUCUUCAUUUCUUUGUUACCCCACUAAUUUGUGUGUACCUUCUUCUCUUAUCAACUUCCGCUAAUUUCUUUCGUCCCCCAAAUACUCUACAGUCUACACAGAAAUGGCUACUACAACUACAACAAUAAUUCUCUUCACCUUGAUGAUACUUGUUCUCACAUGUGCAUGGAGGAUUUUGAAUUGGGUAUGGUUAAAGCCAAAGAAGCUAGAAAAAUUGCUAAGAGAACAAGGACUUAAAGGGGAUUCAUAUAAACCUAUGAAUCUUCUAAAGGAUCUUCUAAAGAUGCGAAAUGAAGCAACAUCUAAACCUAUGAAUCUUUCUGAUGAUAUUGUUCCUCGUGUGUAUUCCUUUAUCCAUCAAAGUCUUCAAAAACAUGGGAAGAAUUCUUUUAUCUGGUUUGGACCAGUACCAAGGUUGAUCAUCGCAGAUCCUGAGCUAAUUAAAGAUGUACUUAACAAAUAUGACGAUUUCCGAAAGCCAGAUGUGAAUCCGGUUGCCAAGUUACUAAUUAGAGGUCUUAUACACCUCGAGGGUGAACAGUGGCGCAAGCACAGAAAGAUAGUAAACCCUGCAUUCCAUAUAGAAAAACUGAAGAUCAAGUUACCAAUAUUCUUCAAAAGUUGUGAUGAUCUGAUUAGCAAAUGGGAGACAAUGUUGUCAUCAGAUGGAUCAUGUGAAAUGGAUGUAUGGCCUUUCCUUCAAAACUUGGCAAGUGAUGUUAUUUCUCGAACAGCAUUUGGAAGUAGUUAUGAAGAAGGAAGGAGAAUAUUUGAACUUCUAAUCGAGCAAGCUGAACUUGCAAAAACAGUUAUGCUGAAAGCUUCUAUCCCUGGAUGGAGGUUUCUACCCACUCCUACCCAUAGGAGGAUGAAGCAAAUUGCUAGAGAUGUUAAAGCUUCCUUUACCGAUAUGAUUAACAAGAGAGAGAGUGCAAUAAAAGCAGGUGAAGCAACUAAGGAUGAUUUAUUAGGUAUACUUUUGGAAUCAAAUCGCAAGGAAAUCAAAGAAAACGACAACAAUAAGAAUGUCGGAAUGAAUCUUGAAGAUGUAAUAGAGGAAUGCAAGCUAUUCUACUUUGCAGGGCAAGAGACCACUGCAGUUCUGCUUGUUUGGACAAUGGUGUUGUUGAGUAGGUACCCUGUUUGGCAAGCACGUGCAAGGGAGGAAGUAUUACAAGUUUUCGGCAACAAAAAACCAGAUUUUGAUGGGCUAAGUCAUCUUAAGAUUGUUACCAUGAUUUUGUAUGAGGUUCUUAGGUUAUACCCAUCAAUAAUCACGUUAGUUCGAACUCCUCACAAAGAUGUGAAACUUGGAAACCUAACAUUACCUGUCGGAGUACAACUUUUGUUAUCGAUAAUUUUGGUUCACCAUGACAUAGAACUAUGGGGUGAUGAUGCUAAAGUGUUCAAUCCUGAGAGAUUUUCUGAAGGUGUUUUGAAAGCAACAAAUGGAAAAAAUGCAUUUUUUCCAUUUGGAGGGGGUCCUAGAAUUUGCAUUGGACAAAACUUUUCCAUAUUGGAAGCAAAGAUAGCAAUAGCAAUGAUAUUACAACAUUUCUCAUUUGAACUUUCUCCAACCUAUGCUCAUGCCCCUGUUACGGUAAUUACGCUUCAACCGCAAUAUGGUGCUCAUAUAAUUCUACGAAAAUUGUAACUAUAAAAUUUAUAAAUAGCUUAUUGUGCUAUUAGAAUGCUCAUAAUGAAAAAAUAGAACUUCGUCAUAUAAUAAAAGACAAUUUGUUUGGAGAUAUCAA